AUGGCUGGACACGGGGUUGCGUUGAGUGGGUGGGUCUACGCCUUCAGCAAAACUCGCGACGCCCAGUCUACAUCACUGACCUAUGACCAGGUCGGACGAAGCCGCCCCAUCUGCGAAAACUGCCUCGGUGAUAACCACGCCGAUCCCAAAAUGCAUCCCAUCUUGGCAAUUGCGAGACUCAUGAUCUUCGAGUCAAGCUGGACGGACUUCGAUAUGCAAACCACGUACUACGCCCAUUAG